UUCUGCUGCAAAAGGUCAGUUGGGUCUCGUUGAUAUGACCCAAAAUGGCACUCAGCAACCAGGACGUCGUAGAGUAAAAAAUUACGAAACCGUUGCGGAACAGCGACGAGGUGGACAUCAAACGGGUAUUUACAAUAUUCUUGACGGCGUUGGUGGAAGUGGAUCUUCAUCUGGAAAAAAUCAUGACCGAUUGCUUGUUCGUGGAGGACUGUCUCGGAGUACAAGAACUUCGGAAAAGGCUGGUAUUGAUGAAGGCGAUGAUGCUGGUAGACAAGGUCUCGAAGGAGCUGGCGUUAACCGACAGCGAAAAAAAGGUAGUUCUCGUAGUGAUCCGGAGGAUUUCGAAGCUGUGUCACUCUUUGCGACCGUUUCAGCAGCAGAUGGCUUCGUCUCUGUGUGGUCCAGUAACGAAGCACAGCCUAUUGCGGUCCUUUCCCACUUCAUACCACGUAAGUGCGGCAUUGUCCUCGACAUGAUUUUUUCCAAUGAUUGUCAAAGCAUUUACUUGACGACAAACACUGGCGCUUUCGUCUACCUGCGCAGCGCAAAGAGGUGGCUGUCGAAGGCAACAAGGCUC